UUCAAUAGAUGAUUGGAUAAAACCCGAGACUAUCUGAGAGGCAAAUGCGUGUCGACUGUUUAGUGGGGGUAGUGUAGCUUGGAUUAGAAAUCGAUCACGGAAGUGCUGAAACGUGGGACAGCAAUACAGGGAAUUAUGUUUUCAUUCCGAAAAGCUUAAUGUUUUGUUCUUUGGAUAUGUUAUUUCCAAAGGAUCAGUAUGGCAACGCGAACUCUUCUACCCUUAUGUGCUUGUGUUGUGACAAUCGCUUUGCUAUCUCCCUUUUAUUGUCCUACCGUAAAAACAGCAUCGCCGGAACAGAAACCAACAGACACGUGUCGGCCAGAUGACAAGAGAUGUCACAGCAGGCCACUCAAAGAUGAGACAGACGAAUUCGCAGCCAUCCAACAGAUCCACCACCUCAUAGACGAUGACCAGAAUGGAAACGUUGACCCAUCAGAGAGUGACGAGUUCAUGAGGGACGAGCUACAGUACACUGAAGGAUUUGAGAGACUGUCCAUCUUCCAUGGCAAUGACAAACUCAUCAGCACCGGGGACCUUUGGCAGGCCUGGAAGAAAUCUACAGUGUAUAACUGGACAACGGAGGAUGUCCUUCAGUGGCUGGUCAAGCAUGUGGAGCUGCCCAUCUAUGUGGAAACAUUCCGCACCAAGGAUGUUGACGGCCCGAUCCUGCCAAGACUGGCAGUCACUAACAAGACCUACAUGAUAGAUGUUCUAGGAAUAAAAAAUGGCAUCCACCGACAGAAAAUCUCCGUGAAGGCAAUGGACUUGGUGCUGUUUGGACCACCAAAGGAUAAACACAGAUUUGUGCGAGAUCUAGUCCUCAUUAUACUGCUCUUCAUUGCCCUCGGAGGAGUGUGGUUCGCCCUCAAUCAACACAGACUCGCCAAGAAAAAUGCCAUCAAGUUCAGAAAGAGGCUUGAGGCUCUACAGAAGGCGGAGUUGUCCCUGUCAGAACUACAGGAAAAACUGACGGCUGCAGAGGACCAACAAAGGAGCGGCUUGUCAAGUGAUUCCGCAGACAACAUGGAUACAAUUUCAGAAGAUUCGGACAGCAUGAGGAGAGAAUUGUCUACGGAUGAGAAGUCUCGCCUGAUCCGAGCAGAAGAGGAACUUUUGCAGGUAAGGGCUGCAUUAGUACAGGCGGAGGAACGUAACAAAUGGACGCCGCCACACGAACUCGAAAUCUGGCUCCAGCUCUCCUACGAAAUGGAGCAUGCAUACUUCCUGUUGAAAAAGAAAGAUGCCUACAAAAGAGUUCAAAUCGUAAAAGAGGCGUGUGACAAGAUGAAGAAAAAGCGAGGGGCAUUAUUUGGAGCAUUUCGAGUUGCUACAGACCAUUCUAUGGACGAAUCUGAUCGAAAUAUCCACGCAGCCAAAGAAGCAUUAGAAGAAGUGAAUCGCAUAUUUAAAGAAAAGAGACACAGAUGGCUAAGAAUAGAGAAAAUUUGUGACAUCCCAAUUAUCAACAACCCCGGGAAGGACGCACUUCAUCAGAUUACACAGAGAAACACAGGAGUCAUCCCGUCCUCCAACUACAGAAUGCCACGCAUGCCAGCUAUGGAUGUUGACGACCUUGAACUUGACGAGGACCUCCCCCCAGGGUAUCCAGGCCCAGCGCUAUUUUAUCGCUCGUCACUGGCUAAUGUCCUUCCUAGACCACCACCAACAUACUCAGGUUACCCGCCUGUGACGUUACGACAGCGACCCCGAGACCUGGCCACAGGCGUAAAGCCACGCCCCACAACACCAGUACAGGCACCCAUGACUGCACAUGCAAAGUCACCUGACCGGUCAGUGACCUCAAGUGAAAGGUCAACAUCUAUACCGGAAUCGGCGACCUCAGACGAGGACAGACCUGUCUUCUCUCUCGGCGAAAAUACUCCGGAGUCACCGUGCAGCCUCCCUGGGUCAAUAGGCAAGACAGAACAAAAUGGAAAUGCUUCCCUCGGGCAGCAAACCUUUAACCCAAUACAUAACUCACAUUCCUGUUUCAUCAAUGGUAAGAAGACGAGUGUCCAGAGUAAUCGCGACAGUAUGGGCAACAGUAGCCUCCCCUUAGUGGAUGAUGACAUUUCUGAAAGUGCUCAAGUGAUACGGAGUCACUCAGAGGCCAGUCUGCUGAAACACAGAGUGAACCGGAUCUCGCAGGAUGCGCAAAGUAUCACCAGUACAGAUUCGGGAAGUGUCCUUGAGAAUGGCAAGGUCAAGUCGAAAAAAAGCAAGAUUUUUAAAUCGAUAUUCCGCGGUGGUAAAUCGAAACUUAAGUCUUCGGAUAGAUAAUCGACAACAAUUUGUUUUCUGUUAAUUUAAAUUUAAAGAAUAUUCACAAAACCAUAUUUAUCAUUGUUGGAGAAAGCUGAGAUUCUGUGAUAGGGGUUAGAAUUGUUUAAGUUUGCAAGAAACCAGUAUUGAGAAAAUUUCGAAAGUCAUGACACUGAUUUGCACUUGAUUGAGAUGAACAUGGAGUAGGCAAAGUGUUGGCCUGGACGUUGAAGCUUUAUGUAAAUAAAAAUCAAGAAUGGUUUACUUUCUUCCCUUACAUUGGAUUGGCCAUGUGACAUUUUUUUUUUUUUUUUUAAUCGUAACCUUGAAGAAUUUCAUUUUAUUUUGAUGUGCUUUUAAGUUUAAACAUUUUGUAAUAUCACAUUCUAUUACUGUUGUAUGUUUUCGGUUAGAUUAUUUCAGUUGUUUUGGUGUUCUCACAGUUCGUUUAACAAGUUUAGUAGCCUGCCUGUGUUGUUGUUUGUGUCGGACUUCCAGUGGAACCAUGUUGAUCAAAAUGAUAAUUAGAAUGAUUCGUUUUACAGACUCUUUAGGUCACUUACAUUUUCCAUGAUAUGUAUUUUCAUGUUUAAUUGUGGGAGAUCCCAAUCAGCCCAUUGAGUUCUAUAAGUUUGCAUUAAAUGAAGGGAUGAGGAAAUGAAAUUUUGUGUUUUUGUAUUAGAUGGUGCAGGAAACCUGAUUAAUUUAAAUCCCCUGGAAUAAUUUUUUUGAAGAUCAAUUCGGAAAAAUAAUCUUCACAAAAAUUAUAAAUUGAUUUACAGUUUAUCAGAAACUAGUUUUAUCAGUUUCUGUGUCAUCAAUCUGAAAAGUUUGUUGAGAAUGAGUUUUUUGGGUGUUUUUUUUUAUGACAAAAGUGUUUGUACUAAUUAGCAAGGUUUCACUGUACAUCCUGUAGAGUCUAAUUUCCAGAUUGCUAGAAAUCAGAUUAAAUUGUUACUUUUUAAAUAAAGUUAUCUUUUGAUUAUUAUCGUAUAUCAUCUUGAAAUGUACAUUACUUUCGCAUCCAAUGCAAUCAGGUUUAUAAAUAUUCUGCACUUCAUUCGAGAUGUUGUGAAUUUCUGUAUAAAGUCAUUUGUCGAUACAUGUAGUUCAUCUUGCCAUCGUUAUAUUCCAAGUGCUUAUUUUCAUGUCAAGAAAUCUUUAUUAACCAUCUGAUCAAUCUGGACUCCCAUCAACAUAUCAUCAAAAGUCAAUUAUCAGAAUUUUGAUUUUACAGGUACUGUAAACUUUUCACAAAAAAGUCAUAUUUUUAAGAUUAUUUCAAAUGAUUUCAUGAAAGUGAAGUUAUGAAAGAGACCAGUAUAGGAUUCAUAUAUGCCUCUUGUUUAAAUAUGUAUUUUUACAAUUUUUUGAAUUUCCUCGCAAAAAUUACGUAAAUGAUGAAUGUUUUCAUAUAAAGUGAAUAUAUAAAUUCCAUAAUAAUCCUUACAACACUAACUAUAGGUUAUUUUGUGUAAAGUUGGUAAUUUUAGUUUUGUAAUAUUACUUAUAAGUUAUUUUGACAAUUCUCUGAAUUCUUUGAUUAUAUAAAUUUCCUGUGGAAGAGAAGAGCUUUUCCGAAGGUGGACAUGAUAUGGUGCAUAUAAGCUCAGCAUUGAGAUUGGACGGCUGAACCUUAGCCAUACUUUGUACAACGAGUAGAUUGGAUGGUAAAAAUAUUUUGUUUUCUUUAUAGAAACAUUUCCCUGUACAAAUUGUUUAUACACGUUUACCUUUGUUAUAAAAGCAUUUAAGAUGUUGAUUGGUUUAUGUUCAAUUCAAUUCUCAUUAUGAUUGAAAUGGCAAGAAAUACACUUACAAAUGUACUGGUACUACAGAUUUUUAUUGUGUAGUUUCAAAAUCAGUGGUGUUUUCUACUUUAACUGAAUAUGAAUUAAAGUAAAGUUUGUUAAAAUGCAUUUACAGAAAUUGUAUCUAAAUUAUUAAGGGCUUUUUCAUUGGGUAUGGAAAAAAAGGGGAAACAUAUAUACUAUUUUUUUAAAUAACCAUAUCUGUUUAUUUCAUGAAAGAUUUUAUUUUGUUGAGUAAUGCAACAUGCUCAAAAAAUGUGCUUUUCUCUUGUGUUUAAAAUAAAACCUAUCUGUCUGUUAUGUAGAAUUUUUUUCAAUAAUUUUUUUUAAGAAACUGUCUUUGUAGAAUUUAAAAAAGUUAUUAUUUGAGAACUCCAUCUGUAUAUCAACUCCUGUCACGCUGGGACCAGAUGACAACCUUAGUUUGGAUUGAAAUAUUGUGGUACAUGUAUUAAGAGAGUGAGAAGGGGGAGAGAACGUUAUAGUCAUCUCUUAAAACAGUCCUUUUAACACAUUCACCCCUGAAGACACAUUUGAACUCUUCCAAUUCAAAGGUUGGAAUAGUUCAUUAUGAAAUUUCAGGGGUGAAUGAGUAAAGAGGCUUCUUGUGUUAUACCUAACCAAACAAUAGUUCUGGUAUGGAGAAUGAUGUUGCACAUUCUGUAAUGCAUUUUCCAUAUAAAUCAACCUUAUGACGUCCCUCUUCAGUGAUCUUUUGACUCGGCCAUCGCAAGCGAUAACUUUCUGUGUGAUAUUAGCUGUAUCAUAAAAUAUUUAUCGUAGAAUUAACCCGAAUAAUUUAUUAACUUUGUUGACGUAGGAAAGACAAAGUCACGAAGGUGUGAUGUACCAUUGGAGUAUAUCGUGGAAUUAUUCAAAGUAAAUCGCUGGGAAAACAUAACCACUCUCUGUUGUAAUUCAGGUAUUGUACGUGAUCAUGAUUUCUUUAUCAAAAUGUUAAAUUACAAUUUGGGUACUUUAACAAAAUAACCACAUAUACUAUAAUUUACUGAAGUGGAAUUUUAUUUCAUUUUAAUAUUUGUUAACCACUGCAGUGAUUCAGCCUAAACUAUUUAACAUGUCGACAAUUUUGUUCUUUCGCUUGUUAUGAAACAUUGUCAGUUUCUAUUCUCUGUAACAAUUUCUAUCACAAUUGCCACUCUCAUCUAGACUCAAGUUCAAAUCUAUCUCCUUUUUUUAAAUAGUUUUUGUUAUCGAUGUCAAGCUGUAGUUUUUAUACCAGUGGUGAUUUAGAUUCUCAUGUUCCGUAUUCUAGAAAUUCCAGGGGGAUGCUCUUUUUCUUUCUCUGCAUGCCUGAAAUAUUUCCUGAUGAAAUUGAAGGCUCUGUAUGCACAAUCUUGUGGAUGUAUAUAACUAUACCAGUUUGAUACCUUGAUGUACAUAAAAAAAAUCAUGCAGCAACAUAAUGGUAAAAUUGACCGGCUUUGAAGUCAGAUGUUGCUCCUCUGUAAUCUAGAAAGGACAGGUAUCAGCCUAGUUAUUGGUCAUUUUUUCAUGUGACACCAGUCAAAUAGCCAAGAACUCGCCUUUGAUUUUGUCAUGACAUAUUCCUGGGGUGCAGAGAACACAAAUACGUAUAACUCCUGGAAUGUUGAAGAAUCUUGUUGUGAUGAAGUGUUUUUCUAUGUUGGAUUAUAACCUUUACUCUUUGUUCGUGACCUUGUAACUCUGUAGCGAAGGUCACCAAGAUGAAUCUCCUCAAAACAGUGCAAUCAAUGUUUCAUAUCCAAGAAAAUAGUCAACAUGAGAAUAGAAAUGCUAAUGGUACAAAUAAUCUAAAAUUGCACCUCAAAAUAUAUUUGUUAGAUUUAAAAUAAUGCUUAUGGUGCUGAUUAGUUUUAAUUUGGAUUCAGUAACAUUUAAAAUAAAUAUAAUAUUUAAUGCUGUAUCUAGCAAGGCAUAUAAAAAUGUGUAUACUUAAAAUAUCUUUGUUUCUUUCUUUUUCAUCAAAUUGUUGGCCGUUUGUCAAUCAUUUUGACACAUGAAUUCUUCAUCUUUGUUCUUUCAGAAAGAUCGCACGGGCAUUUAACAUUGUUAGUACAAAAGAUUUUGUGUUUGACCUAUUUGUUAACUUGUCAUGAUAAUAUGUAAUAAUUCCAUUCUUGCAUUUUCAUUUUAUUUUUCAUUUUUUCAUUUAAGAUAAUUUUUUGUUUAAUUCCUUCACCUCUGAAGACACUUUUCAUUUUUUCCAAUUCAAAGGUUGGAAUAGUUCAUUAUGCCAUGGAGUAGGGCACUGAUAUGUAGAUAUAGCACCUUUCUAUGUCACCUGUGAUUGCGUCUGUAUCGUCUCACCUGUAAACUUCGAUUAGGUCACCACAACAUAUUCACAAAGUAUUUCAUCAUUACUGUACAUAGUGCAGUAUCAUUGUUCAAGAUUUGUUUAAAUUUCAUUCUGUUUAAAUAACAGAAAAGGAUUUUGUUCUGCUCUCUGUUGCAUUAUUUACUUUUUUCAUGUUAAAAUUAUCAUUUGUAAAUAAAUUGAAAAAAUAAAAACAUUUUUUUCAUGACGAAAUCAGUGAACAAGGAAUUUAUAAAAUAGACAAUAGUAUAGUUUUGUUUUCUAUCUACAAAUCUUUUGUAUUUGUGUGUGAGCUUUAAUUGAAAGUCUAGUCCAGCUUCUCGUAAUUAAAUAGUUUCUUUAUAGAUAUAUAGUCAGCUAACAAUUUGGGUCCUCACAAUUGCAGAGUGUAUAACAAUUGCAGAAAAUUUUAUUUUGAAAUAUUAAAUUGUAAAAAAAAAUAACAGUUUAUUUUUCUCUUUUAUUUUGCGAAUUUCGUAAGAUUUUUGAAGUAAUUUGAUAAUAUUGAAUGUUUCAAUUCAAUCAAUUUAUUAAUAGCAGUUAUGAUUAUUAGCUAGCUCUUUUGUGUUUUAUAUUGGCAAUAUCUGUGCAUUAUAUUUUUCUGCAAUAGUAAAAUAUGUGGUCUGUCACUAAUAAUUAUUAUUAAUGUGCUUUUGUUUUGUCAUAAGAUAUCUUAUUUUUUGAAACAUUUUCCACAUAUCAAUUUGAUUCCCUGAAGUUGUACAUUCCCCGUCAGGUAAAUGAGUUAUCUCCCUUUGCAAAGAAAUAUGUGAUAUUCUGAAAGUUAUCUCCCUUCGUGAUAUGCUCAAAGUUAUCUCCAUAUGUAACAUUCUCGAAGCUAUCUCCCGUUGAAUGUUAUUUGUAUCAUAAAUGAACAUGCUAGGGUACUAUCUGCUUGAUUAAACAAAUAUAAAAUAAUUCUAGAAUCUGAUUUCAAAAUACUUUCCACAUUUUUCAUCACAAAUUCCCAUUUAUAAUCAUUAAUAUCUAAAUGCACAGACUGAUUUUCCCAUUUAUAUUGUACUCUGCCAACCAAGUUUAUGAAUAUUAAUAAAAUUAUUUUAUGUGAAAAAAAUUAUUCCACAUAUUGUGUACUUGAUUAUAUCUAUAUAACAAUAAGUCUGUAUGAUAUAUAUUGUUUCCUUUGAUUCAAUCUGUUGAUAAGUUCAAGGGCUUCUAAUCAAUUAUGCAAAGAAAUAGCUUGUGCUUAUUCAAUAUUAGGAUUGAUUUGGAGGUUCCUGGAUGGGUAAGAGUGUACCAAUUCUAUCGUUAAUGCUAUUUAUUAAUUAUUCAGAAACAUUUGAAAUUGUUGCUGUAAAUAAAACAGGGAAAUGCG